CUCUCUUCAUCGACAAUCAUGGAGUCACCCAAUGAACAGCCCACAAGCUCUCUCAAAAUUGUGUCACUGAUCCUUCUAACAUUCAUUCCCCACUUCAUAAAGUGGAUCCCAACGCACUUCGGCUUCAUGAACUUGAACAGCGCCCUCGUGACCGAAUGGGUAUUCGCGUUAGCAGCCCUGAUCACAGUCCUUAUUCUCGCCAAGCUCUACAUCCGGUGGUCAGAGAAUGGGAGCUGGCUUGCUCAUCCUGCUGGGACUUUCGUGCAGUACCUCAAUUGGCUAAUCAUAGGGGCACAACACAUUUAUUUCCAAUUUCCCGUGGCUGGCCUUGUCGGCAUGCAUCUGUUCUUCUGGGACUUCGUGGCCUACAAGCGGAAGUAUGAGAGAGAGCAUUUGCAUCUUUAUGGGAAAAUCCUGUACCCGGUUCAUCAUUGGGUGUUCGUAACUGUCAAGAACAUCGUCUGCUUGAUGGUGGUAUCCAUCGCCUUGGUGCUUGUCGUGGCGAUAUUUUCCCUGGUUGUAAUUCUGGCGCUUUUCCUGGCGCUUGGGGUUAUGUCUUGCCGAGUUCUCAGAGGCCUCUUUUCCCGAGAACCAGAGGUACUGCAGCCGGGGGCGUUUGUCGAAGCACUCGAGUCUUGUCGAUCCCUGCUGCCAUCCGUCUUCACAGCUUGGGUACCUACAGGAUCUCACUCAUCUGACAGUCCUGAUAGCACCUCUGAGACGAAGCAGGAGUUGGGGGAAGAAGAUGCACUACUACCCAGCAGCACACGGGGUGACGCGGACCUCGAGAUAGGUCUCGUCGAGGUUUGA